UGAACAUUUUUUCAAGCCAAAUGGCAGUUGGCCAAUUGUUGGCCAAUUUAGUCUGCGUUUGAGCAGCACUGCGUACGGUACACAUUAUUUGAGCCGUGUUUAGGUUUCCAGUGAAUUGCUUAACAAGAAAUGAACAUCAAACUACAGACAUGAAAAAAGCCAGGCGAUGGCAGCUCAUAACGGCGUCUCUGUUUAUGCUGGUCACAAAUACAGUAGCAGUGGCGCCGUUCAAAAAAGUUUCAAUUGCCACAACAUCGUCGACAACAACAACUAACACAACAACGGAAGCGCCCAGCAGUGAGACAAAUUCGGAUAUCUCAUCGGGCACAACGAAAAAUCCCAAGUUGACUGGCAUCCCACAAAUCGACUACAUCUGGGAUCCAAACCUUCCACGCGAGCUGAGAGGUUAUAACCUUUCGAGCUACCCAUUUUUCUCAACUGUACCGCCUGAGGACGACAUUCACUUCAAAUGUGAUGGUCUGCAUGAUGGCUUCUAUGCUUCCAUUGAACAUAAAUGUCAGGUAAAUACGUUUCUCGCAACUUUAAGUGAACUUACAGUAUACAAUAUACUCGUAUGA